CGUGACACGGUCCUCCGCGCGCCUUCACUUUGAUUCGUUCAUUCGACGGCGGCAUCACACAACAUCAGAACGAAGAGCAGCUUGGUCAUUGGAGCCCUUUCCGACUCUGCUUGUCAGUAGAGGAAAAGGAUUGACAGACACAUCACAUACACUGCCACGCGGUAGGCAGGGCGAUCACCGUACCGCGUUGAGCGACGUAUACAACCCCGCCGGAGACUUCAGGCGCAGCUACUGUUAUCUUCCCAACAUAUGAGGUCAAUUGAACGGGCAUCAUUAGUAUUCGAGUGCUAGUCACUUCGAUAUGGCGCAGACAUCGCAAGGUGUCUCUCCAAUCCUUCCCACCGACAAUUCCUUGUCCGUACCGCGGCACACACAUACGGGCGCUGAAGCGCGCGAGGAAGUCGGACUCGAUGGAGGUGAUCUACGCAACUCGAACUCAAACGACCCUGGCUUGUAUAAAUCGCACAACCCGGCGGCAAACUCACACGAAGAAUCCGCUUCCUCCUCGUCCACGUUAUUUGUCACAAAGGAUACCUCCCCGACCACUGUCCCCUCGGGUGACAUAGUCCCGUCCACUAUCUCCUCGACCAAUGAAUUCUCGCAGGCCCACGACCGUCUGCCACAUUCGCUCUCUAGUCGCAUCCCAAUUGAGAUCUUCGAGACGGUCAUGGACGUUAUGGCCUACCGCGAUCUACCGUCUGCGGCAUCGGUCAGUUGGGCAUGGCGGCCUCGUGCUAUCCACAACCUGUACUCGACCAUUUUCCUUGAUUCGCGCAAAGGAUCCAGUAUGCUGGUGGCACUGCUGCGCCAGGUUCCCCAUGUGAAGGAGAUGCUGGCAACUACGAGUAGACUGGUUGUCGGUCACUCUGAUGGUUCAUAUCGGUGGAACUUGAACAUAGAUCAACGAUAUCUGUUCGUGGACGCCCUACCCCUUGUCUUUGCCGACGCACUCCCCGCUCUGCGAGUACUCGAAUUCGAGUCGAGCCUCCGACAUUCGAUGCACCCGACGUUCUAUUCCUCUCUCGCGCGUUUCAAACACGUCAGGUCACUGCACCUGCGUCACGUCCGCCUCCACAACACCGCUGAGCUGCGACGCAUUGUCUUCGUGUUUCCGCAUCUACAGGAUCUGGUCUUGCAUGGGGUGACCGUGAUCCACAGGCGCCUUUCCGGCGACAGAUCUCAAGCUUCAGCGUAUACUCGCUUCCAUGCUAAAACUACUCCCCAGCUUCAGCGACUAGAAAUCGAUCCGAGAGAGGCACACCUUAGGUGCAUUGUAGACCUGCUCGUAUCCUCAGGAUGCUGUGCGUCUCUCCAGCAUCUGACCACGGAUAGCCGGAUCGGCGACUCGACAUCAGUACCCAAUACUCCACAGGUCAACCGCCUCCUCCAAUCGAGUGGACGGUCUCUGAUAUCCUUCCAUCAUCGAGACGACUGUUAUCGUAGCCGUCAAUUUGCAGCCCGGGGCUACGAUUUUGACACCAACGCGGCCCUGCGUCACUUGAGAUUGACGCAUUCUCCACUAUCCGAAGCCACAAUCUCGAGCGCAUCACAGUUGACAUCGGGAUCGAGCUUGGGCAGGCUGACAGGCUGGACGAGGACAUGCUCGUCCCACCCCGGGAGGAGCUCGUUGCGGACACGGAAGAGCUGCACAGUGUCAUGGUUCUGCCGUACUUUUACGCGCUGCAACAUGUCGUGGUCGGCAUGGAGGUUCGAUAUAACCAAGAGUGGCACAGCUCAGAAGAGGGAGUGCACGACGCUGUCCAGGCGUUGUUGGUUCCAGUCUGUCGGCAGUCGUUUGCGCCGUGGCUCGACCGCGGUAUCGUGAACAUCUUUUGCACAGCAUCAACAACGGGAGGAAUCAACCUCUGAGUCUGAUCACGUACAUCCGCUCACGACAUACUGAGAGGUGGUCCUUGGGUGCGCUCUGCAUGAAGGGACGUUUUGUACGGUUGUGCGAUUCUCUGUACGGCAUUUGCUAGCUAUUCAAGCACUUUUCAUUCCGGACUACCAGGUUCUGCAUACAGUCAAGCCGGACACCGCAGCAGGUUCGCUACGCUGAUUGACCUUCCACCCUUGCAGUGAGCGCUUAUAUCCGACGCGCUAAUAACUGCCACCUAAUAGGUACC